CAUAGAUAAAGUUUAUAUCUAUUUUCUAGCAGAUGAAGUCGCGGACGAACGCUAGAAUAAUCGAAGAAGAAGACAACUAGGUGGCAACCCUUAUCAUAACAAGCGUGUAUACCGUGAGAGUUUAGAGUGGUAUGAUAUCCGCAUUUCGUCUCCGAGAGCGUCAGAACAAUGGUCCAUUUCGUAACAACGCUCAUACUUUCCGCACUUUCUGUGAUACAUGCCAACGUCUAUCGACAUUGUUUGCUGUUUAAAGGAAAAUGCGUGAUAGCAUGCCCACGCACCAUGCACCCUUACCAUACGCGCUGCAAUGGUGACACCAUGUCACAAGCAACGUGCGAUUCACCGAUACCACGUAUCCUAGGAUAUACAUGUGGUUGGUCUCGCUGCGACUGUAACGGAGACAUGCUGUGGGACGAUCAAAAUGAGUAUUGUGUCAAAAGUACUGAAUGUCCGCUGUACAUAUCCAAACCAUCCAAACGGAAGAGUCGCCGCAGUGAACGUAGGAAGCAGGGCAAGAGGCGUAGAAAGUCCAAGAAUAUAGAAAUUAAGGAAGAGCCAGAACCGUUUGAUUAAUUAAUUAAAUUGUAUAUGAUUAGCAGCGGUUGCUCCGUGGUUCCACCUGUGUAUUUUCCGGUAGGAAUACAGGGAUAAAAUAUAUCCUGUGUUACUGCAUGAUAGGCUAAAUUAUACUGGUGAAUCUCAUGGUGAAUAACAAGAAUAAAAGAAUUUUUAAAAUGGGUUUAGCAACUUUAGUGUGAAAACAUGAAAAACUAACAAACUUUUAACUUACAUUUGUAUUUAUUUAUAUUAAA